CUGGUGGCGGUGAAGAUGGCGGAUGGAGACAGCGGGAGUGAGCGCGGUGGUGGUGGCGGCGGCGGCGGCGGCGGCGGAGGCGGAGGUGGAGGUGCAGGUGCAGGUGGAGGAUUCUCGCACUUCCAACGGGAGCAAGAGACCCAGGAACUGGCGUCAAAGCGCCUCGACAUUCAAAACAAGCGCUUCUACCUUGACGUAAAGCAAAACGCCAAGGGCCGCUUCAUCAAAAUAGCCGAGGUCGGUGCGGGCGGCUCGAAAAGUCGCCUGACUCUCUCCAUGUCUGUGGCUGCGGAAUUCCGCGACUACCUCGGAGACUUUAUUGAGCACUAUGCCCAGCUGGGGCCCAGCAGCCCCGAGCAGAUCGCGCAGUCCUCGGGGGGCGGCCCCGGAGACGACGGUGGGCCAAGACGAGCUCUGAAGAGCGAGUUUUUGGUGCGGGAGAACCGUAAAUAUUAUCUAGACCUAAAGGAGAAUCAGCGUGGCCGGUUCCUGCGCAUCAGACAGACCGUGAAUCGGGGCCCCGGUUUCGGGUUGGGAGGUCCCGGCGGCGGCGGCGCGCAGGCCGGGCAAACGAUCGCGCUGCCUGCGCAGGGUUUAAUAGAGUUCCGCGACGCGCUGGCCAAGCUCAUCGACGAUUACGGAGGCGACGAUGAAGAACUUAGUGGCGGCGCGGGAGGGGGCGCGGCCUCGGCCGGCUAUGGCGAGCUACCGGAGGGCACUUCCAUCAUGGUGGACUCCAAGCGCUUCUUUUUCGACGUCGGCUCUAACAAGUACGGUGUGUUCCUACGGGUCAGCGAGGUGAAGCCAAGCUACCGGAACUCGAUCACUAUCCCCUUCAAAGCCUGGAGUAAAUUCGGCGGCGCCUUCUGCCGCUACGCUGAGGAGAUGAAGGAGAUCCAGGAGAAACAGCGCGACAAAAUGUACGAGCGCAGAGACGAGUCCGAGGGCGAGGACGUGGAUGAUGACUGACUUAAGUCUAAUAAGAGCUUAAACAUAGUGCUCUAAUGAUGAGAGAUCCGUUAUAGAAUUACAAGAUGCAGAAAAGUGUGAAGAAAGUGCAUGAUGAAUCGGACUCUAAAAUAUCCUACUGGUGUGAUGUUUAUUUGACAGAAAAUUAAAAAAAAAAAGAUGUGGAGUUUGUGAGAUAAGGAUAAAUGUUAUAAAUUCUCAAACGAGUGUUUUAUGAUUUAGUAAGAGUCCUAAACCAGCAAGUAUAAUUGUCUAAGAUGACAGUUACACUUUUAUGUUGCCAGAACACUGAUACUGCUUAAAUGAAAUAGGCAGUAAAUCCAAGCAACUAAAUAUAGGUUUAUCGGUCAGUGUAUUUAAUGAAUUGUGUAAUAGCAGAUUGCUUUUAUUAUAGUCUUGAUGUGUAUGGAGGCUAAGACCACACGUGGACCAUAUAAUUUUAACUGCUGUCACUAUGAAACUUGUUCAUACACCACAUGAGCAAGUCAUAGGAAUAUUUAUUAAAAUAGCCACCAUCUUUAUAGACGUUAAAAAGACUUAUUUAUCAUUUAUGUUAAACUAAUUUACAUUAAAAAAUUAGGAAAAUUUAGAAAAACCACCUUCACAUAUGAAGUACUUUGUUAUUGGGUGUUGUCUAAUUGCCUGAUGAAUUUAGAGCAAAAACAUAAAUUCAGUUAAUAAAAGCUUUGUUUCUUACAAUUUCUGUCAAUCAGAAUACCAUGAAACACUCCUUUUUUAUUAAAAAACACUAAACAAAUAGAUUUAUCUUUUUCCUUGGUUCUUUUAUGACAAUUAACCAAGCAAACCAGCAUAUUUUUAAUAACUUAUAUAGAGAAUAUAUGUAUUACAUGAUUUAAAAGAGGCACAAUUUAUAUUAAAAAAUAAGGAAAAAAUGUAUGACCAUUUACGAUUUGAAAAAGUGUAAAAUAUAGCAUCCAUAUAUAAAUAAACUAAAUAAAGCUACUAUUAAAUGCAUCUGUAGAUAGGCAAGUAUCACUUUCCUUAAUUGCUUCAUGUAAUUUUUAUUUCUCUUGUCUAAAUUACUCCUUUUAAAGGGGGAGUUUACCACAAACCAUUUUUACUGGUAAAUUUGUUGUUGGUAAAAAUAUUAGCACCAAUGACUUGAACUUUGUCUUUAAGUCAUCACAUGAAAUGACAUUCAGAGAUUCUUUAUCAAGUCUGUUUUUUUGAUUUCCCACAAUAACUUAUAAUUUAUUAAACAUGGUUUAUUUAACAAUGUUAAAUCUACAAUGUUUUGAUGUAUUGGAUAAUGAUAUGGCCUGUCAUUUAGGCAGAUUUUUAGGGUAGAAUUAGGGAAAAUUGCCCAAAUUGUGAUGAAUACAGCUAGUAAUGAUGUUGAUUUAUUUGCCACUUUUUUUUUUUUUUUUUGCACUUUAAAAAGGCUUACCAGUAUCCCAGAAAAUAUGGUGCUGUUUAUUAAGUGUGAUGUAAUAUUAACAUUGUGUUUUUAUUUUCCUCAGUCUACAGCAUAGCAGUUUUAAGAUCCUUUUGAAGGGAAAAACAGUGUUCUGUACUCAUAUAUAAAACAAUCUUUUGUCAUCCCUACUGACUUGUACUGUUUCAUGUUACAAUGGCAGCUUUCCCUGUGUCCUACUGUAAAUGCUCAAGGUCCAAUUAAUAAACAGUCAUUUAUUUUUAAAAAAUGAUUUAAAGUUGCAAGUCCAACCAGUGAACAGCACAGGGUUUUUGACACAGGCUACAUCAGAACAAAUAAGAUGAAUGCAAAGUUUUAUUGUUUUACAUCUUACGCUUUGGUUGCCAAAUUAGUGCAUUGUGCCCAUCUUAACUUUGUUGUUGGUGUUAUCUCUGGUUUGUUUCAUUUAAGUUCUCACUCAGCCUACAAUUACCGCAGCUGUUCUUUCACAGCAGUGUGCUGACUUAGUAGGCAACCGAUUUUAACAUGAGAGGCAGGUGGAGUGCAGCAUUCUUGUUCAGGAUUCAGCUGUGCCAUUAGCUCUUGAGUGCUGACACUGAGACACAAGGACUUGAUUGUUGAACCCAAUACACACACAAUCACGAUUACACAGGUAAUUGCCUCAAGAAAGCUAAACCCUCCUAACAAUAAAUAUAGCUGUCCUGAUCAAACCUUUCAAGGUGGAUGAAUUAUCUCUGGUAGACUUUUUAAAUAGAUGCCAUUUGUUAUCGAACUUGACACCUGUCAGUAGUUGUCGAUGCAGCUGUUAAAACACUAUGGUGCUGUAACCACUCUAGUUAGUAGCAAGCCAGUGAAAGUCUAACACGACAGCUGUUGGCAAGAAAUCUUUCUUCAGCUGUGCUGACUUGUCUUAGUUUUCUUAAAGGCAGUCACACCUUACAACCCAGAUAAAUUUCCCCACCACCAUCCAUAAUUUUAAACCCCUGAAAGGAAAUCUGUAAUUGUUAAGUGAACUAGUGAGUUCAGUUAUUGUCAUAAUGUAAGUGAGCUAAUGAUGUUUUUGUAGGCUAAGUAAGUGUAUUAUUUUAAUUGCCAUUAAGUACAGGUCAGAUGAGUUAAACGGGCAUUUUACAAAUUCCACAAAUACACAAUACACUUCAUUUCGAAAGUUUGUUAAUAGUUUGCUUGCUGCUGAAGCAAUAUACACACUGAGGGUUUAUGGCUUUACAUCCAGGUUUGAUUUGUCUUCCUGUGUUUCAAGGUUGGAGAAUGCAAGUUUCCUUUUUUUAUUAUUUUAAUUAUUUUUACACCUUCUGUCAUGCAGUGGUUUGUGUAAAUCAUGUUGCUAUUUCAGGUAAUCCUCCAGAGCUCAGCUGUUUUUUGAUAAACCUUUUUGGGAACAGAAUGGACUCAGCUAAUACCCUAAGGAAUAGUUAUGUUUUAAAAGAAAUCCAAUGUUUCCGACAGAGAUUCUAAGGUUAACCUCAAACCCGUGUCUGAUUUCUACUCAGGUUCUAGUUAUUCUUAAUGUAUCUUUAUGUGCUCGUCACAUACAUACCUCCUGUUAGAAGUUUAUGCUAAAGUGGUUAGGAGGCAGGCUUGAUAAAUAUUCCUAUAACAGGAACUGUCCCAUGCGAUGAAGACUACAGCACUGCUGGUUCUUGACUAUCCCUUAGUAUCAGACCACCUUCUGCAGACCCCAGACUGGGUGGCUAUCCAUUUUCCCAAUGGCUUCUCAGUUUUUUUUUUCAACUGGUGAUUUACAAGUAUAUAUUCAGAUAAUGCUAUGUAUGUUUGUAACAGAAUAAAAGAAAUUAUAAUUGAUGGAAAA